CUCUCGUGAACCACGGUCGCCGAUGUUUCACUAGCUCCAGUUUGCGGGUGGGCCAAGAUCGCAAUCGUCAGUGAAUAACAUAAUUGCAAGCCAUCCUGGCUCUCAAAGUAAAUCGUAAAGAUAAAUGACAGCUCUUUAGUUUCGAGAAGUUCACCAACGAGCGCUCGUUCCACAUUCACUACAACGCACCUUCCUGACCCUUGACAAAGCGCCCACCACCACAACAAACAACAAGACCACCACACUCAUCCCGCGACAACAGCGCGCUACCUCCUCGAACUUGCCCACCCGAUCAACAUGGCGUGGAAAACCACCCAGCGCUAUUCUCCCAUACAUUCAACCGCGUCCUCUCGCCGCCACAACUGGAAAGUCCACCUGGGCAUCCUUUUCUACAUCAUGCUCCUCCUGUCUUUCUGCUGCGCAAUUCCACUCCUCAUACACUUCUUUGCGAGACCCGACAACGGCGAGUGGUACCCCCCGAAUGUAAUGUGCGCGACGUGCGAAGAAAUGGAUACGCACAACCCAGCGCUACUGGAGUAUGCACACAACGGGGUGGAGAUGGCGUGUCGGGGGCCGACAAAUUAUGUGAGUGUAGGGCGUUUGAUUUCUUUCGUGUACAGGUUGAUAGAGGGGGUGAAGAGAGAGAAUGCAGGGCUAAUAGAUGUGUACAGGACGAUCCGAGGAAUUUGGUCAACGUCACUUUCCGUGGUAUCAAGCGCUGCUGGGCUCUCGAGCAGGGGAAAGACGAAUGGCUGAGACCGAUUGGGUGGAGUCGCGAGGAUAUGCUGAAGUACAUUGAAGGGCGGGAA